ACUAGAGACGUCAGGUCUGGGAUAUUCCUGACGGGGCUUAGGCAUAUUUUGUUCCACGAUUUCGGUGCAUUUCUCCGUUGCCGUGCGAGGCGAGACACUAGUUAGGAUGCAUUCAACUAACGGAAAGUGUUAAAGGAAAGAACAAUGUGGAGGCAAAAGGGAGGCGGGGCACAGUCCAAAGAAGAUGAUGGGGAUACGGUUGGAAUGAGGAAGGGUGUGGUCUUUAACUGAUACUUGCAUAAAACUGAACCCUUCGGCAACUAGGACUUCGCGCAUUUAUUGGUAGCCCCUAGUGCAUCGCCGUAGAGCAUGCCGGGAGAUGUAGUUCCAUGUUCGGUUGCUAUGGCGUUCCCUACAGCCUCGGGGAGUCCGAGAGCCUCCGAGACUGACGAGCGGCCUGGCCAAUGGGAACAGCCCCUGGCCCAGAGGGGGCGGGCCCUCUGCAGAAGGACUCGAAGGUGGCUGUGGUGAAGGUGCAGGCCGUUGGAGCUGCUCCGAGGCAGGUGACUAUGAAAGGCUUAUAUUUUCAACAGAGUUCUACAAGUGAAGAAAUAACAUUUGUGUUCCAAGAAAGGGAAAAUCUUCCUGUUACAGAGGAUAACUAUGUGAAGCUUCAAGUUAAAGCUUGUGCUCUGAGCCAGAUAAAUACAAAGCUUCUAACAGAAAUGAAGAUGGAGAAGGAUUUCUUUCCUGUUGGGAGAGAAGUUGCUGGAAUUGUGUUAGAUGUUGGAAGCAAGGUAUCAUUCUUUCAACCAGGUGAUGAAGUAGCUGGAAUUUUACCCUUGGAUUCUGAAGACCCUGGACUUUGUGAAGCUGUUCGAGUACAUGAACAUUACUUGGUUCACAAACCAGAAAAAGUUGCGUGGACAGAAGCUGCUGGAACCAUUCGGGAUGGAGUACGAGCCUAUACAGCUCUGCAUUAUCUUUCUCAUCUCUCUCCUGGAAAGUCAGUGCUGAUAAUGGACGGAGCAAGUGCACUUGGAACAAUAGCUAUUCAGUUAGCACACCAUAGAGGAGCCAAAGUGAUUUCAACAGCGUGCAGCCUUGAAGACAAGCAGUGUCUUGAAAGAUGUAGGCCUUCUAUAGCCCGAGUGAUCGAUGUGUCCAAUGGGAAAGCCCAGGUUGCUGAAAGCUGUUUAGAAGAAACAGGUGGCCUUGGAGUAGAUAUUGUCCUAGAUGCUGGAGUGAGAUUAUAUAGUAAAGAUGAUGAACCAGCUGUAAAAUUACAACUACUACCACAUAAACAUGAUAUCAUCACCCUUCUUGGUGUUGGAGGCCACUGGGUAACGACAGAAGAAAACCUGCAGCUGGAUCCUCCAGAUAGCCACUGCCUUUACCUCAAGGGAGCGACGGUGGCUUUCCUUAAUGAUGAAGUUUGGAAUUUGUCAAAUGUACAACAGGGAAAAUAUCUUUCUACGUAUCUUAAAAGAUGUGAUGGAGAAGUUAUCAACUGGUGUUUUUAGACCUCAGUUGGAUGAACCCAUUCCACUAUACGAGGCAAAAGUUACCAUGGAAGUUGUUCAGAAAAAUCAAGGAAGAAAGAAGCAAGUUGUUCAAUUUUAAUUUUGUUCUUUCUCAGACCUCAGUUGGAUGAACCUAUUCCAGUAUUGAAGCCAGAGUUUCCUUGCAAAUUGCUCAGAAAAGUCAAGGAAGAUAAAAGCAAAUUUUUAUGUUUUUAAGCACGUUUUCCUGCUGAGACACGAUGCUCAGAGUUAUCUGAAGUAUUUGAAAAGUAUUUGGAAACAACGUACAGACGGGUCAAGACAAUUCUAAAAUUUAACAUCUAAAGGGAAUAUUCUGAAAGCCUUUUAAAUUAUUGUUCCUAUAUAUUUGCCUCUUAUAAAAUUCUUUACAUGAAGAAGACUGCUUUCAGCAGAAGCCACGCUACUCUGAUAAAGCUGUUGGAGUCUUGCUAUGUCAAAAUAACAUUACUUUUGUUAUCAACUCCAUUCUCAACCCCUUCCUUCUUUAACAUCCUUUGCUGUCGUAAUUUAAUACUUUGAAUAUAUUUUCAAGUCUCAAAGGA